AUGCAAGUAAAUAGUGAAUUUGGAGCAAAGAAGUCGCUUGGUAUGCGCAAGAGAGCAGGACAUUUGUUGAGAGCACUCUAUGACCACACAGCUGAAGAUGCUGUGGUCCUAUGGGAUCCAGAUAAGGACCAUGUGGAAGAUGAUUUAAAGAUUACGACGGAUAAGCCAAAGAAGAAAGAAAAGACAUUAGCCGACAUUCUUGGAAUCAAAAAGGAAGAAAAGAAAAUAGGUCAUGUCGUCGUUGAUCCGACACUUGGUAGAGUCUUGAGGCCACAUCAGGUUGAAGGUGUCAAGUUUCUUUAUCGAUGUACUACAGGCAAAGUUUAUCCUGAAGCAUUUGGUUGUAUCAUGGCUGAUGAAAUGGGGUUAGGAAAAACUCUUCAAUGUAUCGCCCUUGUAUGGACUUUGCUUCAGCAAUCAGAAGAAAUUGGUAAACCUACGAUUAAUAAAGCAAUCAUCACCUGUCCUUCAAGUUUAGUAAAGAAUUGGGCAAACGAAUUUGUCAAAUGGCUUGGUGAGACUCGUGUGAGACCACUUGUUGUCGAUAGUGGAGGAAGUAAAGAAAAGAUUGCAGCGGUUAAAAGAUGGGGCGCAGCCCAAGGUCAAAUCAUCAAUCCAAUCCUCAUCAUUUCUUAUGAAAGUUUAAGAACCUACAGCAAAUACUUGAGAAAGUCGCCUAUUGGUAUACUCCUGUGUGAUGAAGGUCAUCGACUCAAAAAUGGUGAAUCCUUGUUGUUUCAAGAACUAAAUAGCCUACCAGUCUCAAGAAGAGUGAUCUUAUCUGGUACACCUAUCCAAAAUGACCUGAGUGAAUACUAUUCCUUGCUUGACUUUGCCAAUCCUGGUCUGCUUGGUACACCUAAUGAGUUCAGAAGAAACUAUGAAAACCCUAUCUUGCGUGGUCGAGAUGCGGACGCAUCAGAAAAGGAAAGACAGCUCAGUGACGAAAAAGUAGCCGAAUUCUGGAAAAUUGUGUCCAAGUUUACGAUUCGUAGAACAAACGAUAUCUUGACAAAGUAUCUACCAACAAAGUACGAACAUGUUGUCUUUUGUAAGCUGGCACCUUUACAAGAAGCACUAUACAAUGUGUUCUUGACCUCACCUGAAAUAAAAACACUGCUACGUGGACAAGGAAGUCAACCAUUGAAAGCGAUUACACUCUUAAAGAAGCUCUGUAAUCACCCUAAUUUAUUGAACUUGCCUGACGACUUGUAUGGUAGCGAAUCUGUACUUCCUCCAAACUAUCACAACUCAAAGCGAAUUGAUCCUUCCUUCUCUGGUAAAUUUACUGUAUUGGCUCGCAUGCUUGCAAAAAUCAAAAAGGAGACAAAAGACAAGAUUGUGCUUAUCAGCAACUAUACACAAACACUGGAUAUAUUUGAAGCAUACUGUAAGGAGCAACAAUACGGUGUACUUCGUCUAGACGGCUCCAUGACGAUUCCUAAAAGACAAAAGCUGGUGGACCGUUUCAAUAAUCCUGAAGGCGAAGAGUUUGUAUUCUUGCUGAGCAGUAAAGCGGGUGGUUGUGGAUUGAACUUGAUUGGUGCCAAUCGACUCGUCCUGUUCGAUCCAGACUGGAACCCUGCAGCUGACCAGCAAGCUCUAGCCCGUGUGUGGAGAGAUGGGCAAAAGAAGGACUGUUAUAUUUACCGAUUUAUUGCUGCAGGCACCAUUGAAGAAAAGAUAUUCCAGCGACAAUCGCACAAACAGUCAUUGUCAAACUGUGUUGUAGAUGAAGCAGAUAUGGAGCGUCACUUCUCACUUGCAGAUAUGCGUCAAUUGUUCCAAUUGAAUUCAACGAGCGAGUGUGAAACGCACGAUACGUUUAAAUGCAAACGAUGUAUUCAAGGUAAACAGCACACAACUGCAGAAGCCAUGAACUAUGGUGAUACAAGUACGUGGAAUCAUUACGAUAAAGACCUCUUGCGUUUACCCGAUCCUAUUUUAAUAGCAGAGGCUCAUAAAAACAUUGUAUCUUAUGUCUUUCAAUAUAUCUCACACAUGAAAUAA